AUGGCCACUCCGCCUCGCCGCUUCAGCACUACCCAGCAUGGAAAUGAUCUCGAUGACGGUGCAGUCUCUGGCUCCCUCCUUCAUGGAGAGACCGGAGACUCUCCUGUCGUCGCUUCAUCCCCGCCACUGAAUCAUCCACCCCUGAGCGCCGAUGGCUCUGCCCCGCCAUCUCCCGCCCAACGAGUGAUUGAGCAUGAAAAUGCUGGCUCUCCACAGAGACGCGACCCUAGAUUUCGAGUUGUGAAAUCCUCGAGCCACUCCCAAGUUCCCUUGGAGUCGCUGCCCAACGAGGUACUCACUCAUAUAUUGUCGCAUCUGCCUCCCCAUACCCUUUCAGCCAUGACCCUGGUCUCCCACCGGUUUCACAACUUGGUCACCACACCACAUGCCUGGCGAGUCGCCUUUUCACGUUUCUUUCCAGGCCCCCAAGCCAUCGAAUCCGAUCGGCGUGUUGCAUCGGACGAGACGGAGCCGGGUUCGGAUAGACGGUUUUUCGCAAGAUUGACGGCACUGGCAUCCUGGCGCAGUGAAUAUAUCCUGCGCACCCGUUUGAUGCGGUCAUUAGGCCGAGGCAAGCCGGCGCAGUUUCAGCCAUCUAAGAAACACGGCACAGUACGAUCCGCAACCGCUCGAAAUGGUAGCGCUGUGUGUACGUACACAUCGAACUUGCUUUUUCCAGUGAGCAAGAUCCACGGAUCGUUCAACACCGACAAGGAACCCACUUUCAUUCAUGGAUCGUCAGAGCAAGGCAUUGCUUCUGCUAGUGACCCAUCAUUGGUGAAAGUGAGUACCUGGGGUCUCUCCGAUCACCAGAUGUUUAGACAUUUUGCCGAUAUCUUUCCGGGCGAUGCUCCCUACGGUCUUGGAGCAGGGGAAAUGGUUGGAACGUCCAACUCCAUGGAUGUCAGUCAACCCUACGGUAUGAUCUAUGGCGAAGGAUGUCCCCAAGGGCGGAGCUACUUCAUCUCUACAACCGAACAACGAGGUCGUUUUCUCGGUGCUUCGGAGCUUGGCUCUCACCCACAUCUGGGCAUCCCUGCAGUCAAUCAAAUCACACAUGCUGUAUGCUCGGUAUGGAUCGCCAAGUCAUCUUCGAUCCUCAAGACGACUGGGGGCCUUGUGGCCAUGAUGACCGGCUCUUCUUCCGGUGUACUCACAGCUUAUGCCAUGGGUCCUCAUCCAACCUACGAGGGUCGGUAUGAGCGAGGACAAGUCACUGCAAAAUGGGUCCUCAGCCCCGGUGUUCCCAUAAUCGGCAUCGCCGUGGACGACAACUACUCACUCAAGCGCCAUUCCCAAGGACGAGUAUGGGCCGUGGUUCUUAAUGCGCUGGGAGAGAUCUUCUAUAUUGUCGAUCUCCCUCCGAAGGCCGACAUUCCGUCUAAUGCCAAGUUGAACGCGGAGCAAUUCGAUGAGCUUGCAUGGAAAACAGGAAGAAAUGUCCGCUGGGAGCUUCUUGAACUCAGUCGCCGGAAGGCUCGACCUGACCCUUUCAGCCGGGAAUUGGUUGAUAGCAGUUAUAGCCCGCGAUCGUCCUCGACUUCAAUGCAGCUCGAUGUGAAUCAGAUUGCCGCAGAGACCAAGGAGAUCGAAAAAUUCCUUUCUUUCAAGCCGAAACACUUCCGAAAGCUUUGCGAAGGCUGGAACAUGGAGCGUGAUCUGCAAGUGGAUUUCGCUGGAGAUGAUGGCACCGGGGCCGGAGAGUCAGUUAUCGUUAUCGCUCGUGGAGGAGGCGAGGCUGGAACGGCAUCGGUUCGAAGAUAUGUUCGCACGGCGGCGAAUCUUGCCUCAGCUUCGCGUCCGUCAACCCCAAGCUCCCGUCCUCUCGAAAAGAAGUCCCACGUCUCUCUCUUCGGUGGCCCGACGAGUUCCCCGAGUCCUACGCCUGGUGAGAGUUUUCCGCCAUCUCGUUCGUCAGUUCGAUUGACUGCCGUAGCCGGCACUGAGUGGCGGAUUUCGGACUUCACUUUUGGCGAUAGGAAGUCGGUCGAAAUUACCACCAAUGCUCUGGAUAAUUCUACCUGGGCUACACCAACGGCAGAAGAAGACCCCCUCCUUGGCAUGUCGGGAAGUUCAUUGUCCUCUGCGACCUCUUCACCCAUGUUGCCUCAUAUGGAACAGCCAAGGUCGAAUAUUGAGAUUCCCGGUCAACGGGCUCGCUAUCUGGCUGUGGGCACUGGUAACGGUAUGAUCUUUGUUUGGAACAUCCGUGCGCUCGCAGCGCAGAAUGCGGAUGUUAUCAACUCCAUUCCCCCGCUGCGAAUCAUUCAAACGGAGUCGCCUCAAGUCUCUUGCAUUGCCUUGACGUCCUUGUACUUGGUGCACGGUGGUAACGAUGGCCUAGUCCAGGCUUGGGACCCAUUGGCGUCAUCUACCCGCCCAAUUCGAACUCUAAACUCUCGAUUUUCAUCGCGUGCUCGUCGUCGACUGGUACAGGCCGAAGCUUCCAUGUUCGGGGUUGGAAACAACUACUUCGCAACGGGAGCUAUCUGCCUUGACCCAGACCCCACGAACCUGCGUGGAAUGGUUUCGCUCGGCACGCAUCUUCGCUACUGGUCCUACAGUUCAUCCGCUGCCGAUCAGUACAAUGCCAGCAAGCGAAGUUUACGCCGUGGCCUGCGCGGUAGCAAUGGUGCGGCUGAAGGCCAACGUUUCAACAACAGCGGCCGAGGCGCAAUUCGGGACUUCAUCGAAGAUGAACGCGUUGAAUUAGCGCGACAGCAAAUCUCAGACGAGAAAGAACGAGCACACCUCAGCGCCCGCUUUGGUAUCGACCUCCUCGGUCCUGAUAUUGACGAGGAACAGCUUUUGGCAUAUGCUCAGCUUCUUAGCCAGGAGGCUCACCCUGGCGAAGCUGCCAAGCAGGGUGAUCAGACUGCACUCGCAAGUUCUGCUACUAGCACAUCAUUCAGCGAUGCUGCUGGCCCUAGCUCUUUCGGAUUGGGGGAAAUCUCUUCCUCCUCAUCCCCGUACCAAAAUCCCACAGACGAUGACGUGGACGAUGACCUUGCCGAAGCCAUUCGUUUGAGCCUUCUAGGAGAUGAGUCUGCCGCCCCACGAAUCGACCAGACCCCAUCGAUUCCCAUCAAGUAUGCCAAGGGGGUGAAACCACCUCAGUCAUCGUCCCCUGGGACCGCGGAGAGCAGCCGACAACAAGAAAUGGACGAUCUGGAAUUUGCGAUUCAGCUCAGUCUGGCGGAGAAUAAGAGUCGUGGUAAUGUGGAGGAGCAGGACGAAUGGGAGGAAUUCCCAGGCCUCGCUCCGCCGCCUAUAUCGACUCCUCAGUCUUCUGCCAAGGGCAAGGGCAAAGCGAGGGCCAUGUGA